CUGAACUGAAAUCACUUGGUAGACAAAUGGAGGCUCUGCUCUCCUGGGUGAGGGAGACAGAGGCACUUGCAAAUGAAGAGAGUGAAACUCUGGAUGAAGAUGGCCGACUUUUGCAUCAGUUGCGUCUUUCCCAGGAUCUUCAGAGCAGGCUGAUGUCCCGCUCUGGCGACGUGGCCCAAGUGGCCUCAGACGUCCAAGUUUUUGUUUCGGAGCGGGCACAGGACCUGGCGCCCCAGCAGAGCAGGUGCCUUCUGGGGCAGCUGCAGCAGCUGCAUAGGGCCUUCCACAGUGCGACGGGACAAGCUCGGGCCCGGGCAGCCGCUCAGCGGGAGCAUGAGGAGGAAUGGCGGCACCAGAAGGAAAGGAGAGCCGACGUCGAGGUCAAGCUGAAGGAGAAACAGAUGGCCGCUGACAGGAGCCACUUGCGUUGCCGCGGUAACGGCUUCCUCACACCAUUUUUGUCUUCACCCUGCGCUUAUUUAUGUGUGAUGGGGGGAAACUUCUAAAAAUAAAGAUUUUUUUUUUU